CCCGUAAGCUCGUCCUUGGCGAGUACCAACAUCUCAUUGGCCUUCCCCUUACUCUUCUGCUGCUGGAUGUGUGCACGCUUUAUUCCUCACGAAUCCAACCAAUAUACCCGCAAGAGAAGAUAUGGCCGACGAAGCGGAGUUGCUCACAUACAAGAUUAACCACCUUGUCCUACCACCAAAGCUUCCUCAGGAGUGCGAUGCGUCGCCUGAGAACGAGUGCGCACUCCUUGCCCACGUUCUCACCAGCGGGCGGUCAUUCCUAGAGGAGAUGAACGAGCUGGCCAGUCGCGAGCUCCUAGAAGAGGAUGUCCUGGACCGCUGGGAACUUGUAGUACGGAUGCUGACGGGCAUGGAGAACGUAACGCGGGGGGAGGGAGCAGCAAUGGACGCCGAACUACUGGCCUCUGUCGUCAAUGCGAUGAAGGAAGGAGACGCUCUCCCGCUACACAUUGGCGCUCAGAAUGCCGGGGUCAUACUUCGCAAGAUUGACGCGCUCACGCUGACCUAUGAGUCAUUCUUCGCAUCGCUGCCCGCUGGCACGGUGACAGGGACUGUCGGCAAAGUCGUCUCCCAGUUCCCCUCCACCCCGCGACUCCCAUUCCCCGCCGAUCCGGCUCUUGUCAAGGUCCUAUGCGGCUACCUGGCGGAAAUGCACACACACCAACUUUCGCAGGCCCUGCCCGGGUCGUGGAAGGCCGGCAGCAAACAAAACGAAACCCGCGAAUCGACGAACCCGUGGUACAUCACCCACUUCCUCGUCAACGUCGUGCGCGCCUUCUCAGCCGACCACCCCGACGAAAGCCUUCCCUAUACGACCUAUGUUGUCAAGCGGCUGAACGACCACGUCCUCUGGAAGAACGCAGAGCUGCCGUGGAGGCGGUCUCCCAUCCUCCUCGUCCUCAAAGUCGCCCUACAGACGACUCUCGUCGGGAUCCCUGCGCAAUAUGGGUACAAGGCCUUCAUGGCGUACAUGCUUGGUCGGCUAUUGAACGAGGCAGCGCGACCGGAGGCGGAGGUGCCCGAUGAUAUGCUGUACAUCAUCAACACGAAGAUUGCUCUGCGGACCUACAAACUGAGGAACUCGGUCGUUGCAGACCGAUUCCCCAUUGUCGGCGUGAUCAGUACUAGCGAGCGGGUGGCCGGCGAGCUAGAGCAGCGAUGGAAGCAAACGCAGCUCGCGGAAGGCAAGCCAAUCGACCUUUCGGCCCCCUCGAAAGAGGAGAUCCGCGACGGUAGCGUCUUCACGCUGCAGAACAGCCGCUCCUACCUCGAUGCAGUUAUCGCUCGCGAUGAGCGCUUACGCCAAACGAGCGACGUAUUCGAUGCCGCGGCAUUCGAACAGGCGAUGCCCAAGCUUCGCCAUCGCGAGGCGGGCGCCCUCCCUGAGGCCUUCGAACCCACCGCUGAGCUCCACGACGUGCUGGUGGGCAUCCAAGACGUCACCACAUGGUUCGAGUCAAGCGAGGCUUCGGACUGGAUGUCGAAUUCGCAAGCGCACGAGCGUUGGGAUGCGCUCGACAAGCUCAUGGGCUGCAGUAUGGCGGUCCUCAAGCGCUUUAUGAGCGCGGGGGCGGAGGCGGACCCCGAGCUCUUCUCCACCGCAUUCCUCAAUGUGAUGAACCUUUGGGUCAUACUGGAUAAGACUGCGGUCGAGGCGAUCCCCCUUCUAUUGGAGUACACGCCAGAGCUCACCGUCAAGCCCCUCUCCUCGUUGCUGCUUCGCACGAAGGCCUCAAUGCAGCGCCUCUUGACUAUCGAGCAAUACCUUACGCAGAGAUACGACACGGCGAAAUACGGGUCUGUAUACGCCCUUGAUCCCUCGGCGAGCUGCGCGGAUGCCUUCGGUGCUCGCUACGCGGAGGCCGACCCAGAGAUCUGCCGCAUCCGGCUCAACAUCGAUGCAAGGGCCGAGAGAGGAAAGACGAGCAAACGGCGCGAACUCAAAGCACUCGAGGACCGCCGCGCCGACCUCAUAUCCAGGGCGGCCGCUCGACACUGCUCAUAUUACCAAUCACAUUCUGGGGUAUCCCGCCAUUCCAACUAUUGUCAGAAAUGUCGAAUGGAAGCCGAUGCCCAGGAUCUCUCCCUUCCCGUAUUUGAAGAGCCCCUUCCUGGGGACCGGGCCUUCGCGAACGUACUGCUUUUCGAGCUCAACCUCCCGCCUUUAUUUUCGUCGUGGCGGUCCACAACGUAUAAGCUGGUCAACAUGUUUGCUAAGACGAGCUCGCCUGAACGUUUCCGCAGGCAUACUCUCCGGGAUUAUGUAGACAUCCAAAGUUCGAUGUUUGGCGAUCUCACUGCGCCUCUCGGCUCUCGCAUCACUCUCGCCUCGGACUCCGAGUCCUUCCUGCUAGGGCACUACAGGAAUACUCGCAUGCCCUGUGACGAGGAGGACGCGAUCAAAAACCAUGCCCCGCGAUGGUGGCUUUACGACACCACGGCCGGUGACUAUCUCCAGCAGCCCCUUCCGGCGAUCGACCUACACAAACAUUGCGGUCCAGUGGCGCUCCCAAGUCCGUAUGACACACUGCAAUGGACCGUCGAAGGCACGUCGCAUAAAUCGAACCUCGUUAUCGCCAGGCAGUCGGAGUGCCCCGCGCAGCUAUCGCUACACGAAUGGGAAGCGUUUGGGCACCUUCGCGCUGGAGUGCGUUUGCAGUGGCACAAUAUCAUCCUGCAGCUCGAGAUCGGCGUGUUGAAGCUCGCGGAUUCGGCGGUGCACAUCCUCAUGCGCCAGGCGGCGUUGCAGGCGGAGCGUGCGACGCGCAAAUCAUACAUCUCGCGAGACGCGCACGCCACGCUCACCGACGAGCAGUUUGGGUCACAAGCGUUGGAAGUCCUUCGUCGCCGCUGCGCGCACUGCGCGAAUAACUGGGAAGAGGGAUGGGUCGCGUCGACUUUGUCGCUGGUCGGCCAUAGAGUGUACGAGCUGUCGACCGCCGCCGCCGUCCGCACGGAUGCCAGGAAGUUCCUGCGGGACGAGCUGCGACCUCUCUGCAUGAAGUGGAUGCGCCAGAUUCAAGCGCGUCUGCAGGCGAUGGAGGGUACCUCUUCCUCCAAUCCUCUCGAUUCCGACAACACCCUUCGCGACUGCCUCAUCCAAGUUUGCCUCGCCGCGCGGGAUACAUACCACUUUCGCAGAGGCGCCUUCCACAACGCCGGUGCCGUGGCCGACUAUCUGGAGUGCGGCUUCAUCCUCCGCCAACAUCUCCCCCAUCUUUUGUCGACGCUACCCGAGCCGCUGUGCGCCCUCGCGAGGCAAGAUGCGAAGCUUUCCCUACUACUGCUGGAUCCGCUUAUGGCCGCGCUCGAGAAGGACAGUGGCGGGCUGGACCUCGCCGUCGGCAAGGUGUGGGAGGGGUUCCAAAGAUCUCGUCGGAACUGGCGAUGGGCCCGGCAAAGUUGCUGGGUGGCCUGCCGCACGUCGACGAGGCAGGGCAUGCAAGCAAGAACCCUUCACGUCGAUCUCGUUAAGGGCGCAAUAUUCGUGGAUGGAGCCUCAUUCCAGGCGUUACCCCACGAGAUCUUGCAGCAUCGCUUGUACAAGGAAGUCUUUCCCAAACAGGUUCAGAUGCGAGUUGUACCCUCCACAAUGUCGGGGAUGACAUACCAAUGUCAGUCCUUGGUCAAUGGAUAUGAGAUUCAUUUCCGUCUUGACAACAAGGAUCUCAUCAUCCGGAUGCGGGACGAAAACCACGAAGUGGCCGAGUUCCUUCCGACACACAAGCUGAAGAACGACGUGCCGAACUCGUUGCUUGCAGAGUCCAUCGUCAUUCACCGCCUCGACACUGGCCAGCUGGACUUCGUACCGCGAGCUGUCGAGCUCCAUUGGGAUCCUUCAAGCAGCGCAGCCUGGACUCUUGACAGCAUCAGGCGCGGCGCCGCGCCCAUGCUAGUCUCACUCGAAGACGGUCGACGCCUAAUGCGCCCUCGGAGUGUACUCGUCAGCCGUCUCUCACGCGCAUUUCAAGCUUUGGAGACGUCGAGAUGUGAUCUGCUAGUGACCUAUUCGCCGUCCUCCAAGGCGGUGAGCGUCAAUCUACCGCGGUACGGCCUCGAGUUUUUCUUCGACCCCAAGCGAGGCCUUGUGUCGAAGGAAUUUCCUGACUACGCGGUGGCAGCCUCACGCGACAUCGGCACGCUCUAUGGUGUUGAGAAGGUUGUACUUCAGCGUUGGCGCGGACCACCCCAGCAGCGCAUCCUGGUUCCAGCAGGUCCAAUCACGGUCAAGCCAAAGGUCCCUCAUCCGCAUAUCACUCUCAAUCCGGCCACGAACACGUCUGGCCAUGUCGACAUGCACGUCUUCGAUCUGGACGAGCUGACCGGCAAGGUCAAACCGACUGGCAACCUCGAUAGCGUGCUGACCCUUGCGUACUUGCAUGCGGUGUCAUCAUCACAUCGACGAGACCCAUUUAUCGGCGAGCGGGGAGUAGACCGGGCUCUCAGCAUGCUAGAGUCGGCGUCAGCAUUUGCGUUCACGCAGCUGUCACCAGCGGACACAACAUUGUUGUCCCAGUUGGCGUCGCUCAGUCCCGGAAGACAGUUCUAUCCGAAGCAUCUGAAGGUCAUGGAGACUACGGAAUGGCAUCCGUCGCUGUCACCUUUGAGUCAGAGCGAGCUUUUCGCGCCGCUCGUGGCGGAUAUAGGAGACUACGCGAGACGCAAAGCUGAUUUGGAAUCAUCGGACGCCCGUCGAAACGCCACCCCUCUACCCAAACGCCAAAAUGUGGACACCCUUCCAUCGCGUGCGUAUUAUCGCAACGCACGACUCUGUCCGCAUACAGCAAAUCGAAAGUGGGCGCAAGGACGGCAAGAUGCCGACUCAGCCUUCUCUUGGCCGGAUCCCCCUGACCCGACGGCCUUCCCUCUGUCCGUGUUAGAGGUUGCCGGUCAAGUGCGCGCCUGGGAACCGACAGCGAAACAUAGCGUGGAACUUUGGGAUCGCCUCAUCAAAUGGAACGCAUUCUCUUCAGUUGCGGACGAUUGCGUCCUUUCUCGGCCAUGCCAGUUGUCCAGCUCUUCUCAGCCCAAGAUAUGGUUCACGUUGUACCAAAAAUCGCUGUGCACCACCGAUACUUCCGCCCACAAGUACUUCCUGAUGUUCAUUCUGGCCUUUCUUCUGAACGACGGCCUUUUCGAUCAUGGCCUCGUCGAGACCAUCCUGAACGUCGCUGUCAUGGCUGGCUCGUCCAACCUCCCGCCCCUUCGAGGCAGCGAAAUGGAUUACGAGCUGGCUGACGGGUGGAAACUGACGAGCCAGAAGCUCGAGGCUAUGAUUGAACAGUAUAGAGUAUCCUUCGAUCACUCAUGCGAACAUCGACUACCGCGCAAAGCGAACGAGACGCCUGAAGACCACCGGUCACGCUGUAGCCAAGAAUAUUGGGAGCAUUGGAACGAGCAAGUUGAGGAACUCACCACUUACCUGAGUCAACAAUGGCCCUGUUCGCACCCGCGCUGGCCAUCAUCUUCGGCGGCCCGAUAUACUCUCAUCGACAUGCCUGGUUUUAGGAAGGCAACGGACAAGUUAUUUCGUUCGAUGCAUCGUAAUCGCCAGCUUCGACAACAGGUCACCGAGAUACAGCGUAUCAUCGAUUCCGCUGCCGCGGCUCGUUCACUCACUUACUGUCAACCACCUUCGGUACCACGAUUGCGCUCUCUACCGCAGGCGUCGUACGAGCUACCCAGCAUGCGGUCGCUUAUGGUCUCAAGACAACGGCCAAUAACGAGCGAAAUGCCUAUUCGUGUCGCGCCUGCGUCAAAAGCCGAUGUAGGGUGUGACGGUGCGGAGGGCGAUCUGUCACCGUUGAAACUCCUCGUCGAUAGGGUGCCCACGGAGACUGCGCUGGGUCUGCGGUAUCAACGCGAACUAGCUGCAUGCGUGGAAGCGUUGCCAAACACACUCACGUCCGGCGAGCCGUCGCGCGCUUCUGUGCCACAGACAAUCUCGGUACCAGCGCUUCGACACGGAGACAUCGAGCGUGCUUUGAAUCCGCAGUCUCCUUUCGAAUGGGCGUUGUUCAACAAUGGUAACUGGCCAAAUACGAACACGCUCAACCUUCUCUCCUUGCUGAGUUAUCCUCAUCGACGCGAAACACGCGCCUCGGGAUGGAAGCAACCCCUUACUCUGUUCGCGCUUUCCCUUCUUCGCAUACAGAGGGAGCGACGCCUGGACGCUUUGGAGGAUGCCGAAUUCGCGAAGGAGCUAGCCACGAGUGUUGGCGAAGGUUAUGACCCUUUCAAAGUUGAUACAGACUGGCUGCUCAUUCAAAUUGAUGGCGACUUCGCUCUUCGUCCAGUGCAAGCGGACCUCGCGUUCCAUAUGAUGAGCUCGCACAACAGGGUCACACAGCUGAAUAUGGGGGAGGGCAAGUCCUCUGUCAUCGUUCCUAUAACGUCGGUGACAUGUGCGAAUGGGGAAGACCUUGUCUGUGUCUUUGUUCUCAAGCCGCUGUACGCCCAGAUGUUCCACCUGCUCAGUCAGCGCGUAAGCGGUCUUGCCAAUCGCCGUGUCUUCCAUCUGCCUUUCAGUCGCGACACGGCUAUCAAUACACGCACACUCCAGAGCAUCCGCUGUCUCUUCGAGGAUUGCGCUCAGUCUGGCGGGGUCCUGCUUUGCCAGCCGGAGCAUCUUCUCUCCCUCCAGCUGAUGGCGAGCAGCAUGCUGUGCUCGGGCAAUGAGGACACCGAUGUACACACCCUCUCGGACAUCCAGCGCUGGGUCACCAAACACUCUCGUUACAUCCUCGACGAGAGUGACGAGAUCCUGAGCCACAAGUACCAGCUCAUUUACACCAUCGGCAACGCAGGGCCAUUGGACGGCCAUCCCGAGCGUUGGCGCAUCAUACAGCAGGUCCUGGGCUUGAUCAGUGUCCGCGCCGAAGACACGCUACGCGCCCUUCCGGAUGGCAUAGACAUCGAACAUGGCAGCAAUGCUAUAGCGAAUGUCCGACGAACUCGUGUUCUCUCGGACGCCGCCUGGAAUCACCUCUCGGACUUGUGUGUCACCGACAUCAUCGAUAACAACGCGAUAUCCCCUCUCUCUUUCCGCAGCUAUCUUCCUAGCCACAUCGCUGCUGUCCGUCAAUUCGUCACUACGCUCGACAUACGACCCGAAGAGGCCCAGAUCACGAAGAACUGCAGCGGCGAUGCAUACACACAUCUUCUACUUUUACGAGGCCUGUUUGCGCACGGUAUCCUGCGGCUGGUCUUUCAGAAGAAGCGAUGGCGCGUGAACUAUGGCGUGGAUCUGAGCCGCUCUCGUUUGGCCAUUCCCUACCGGGCUAAGGACUCUCCCGCGCCGAGAGCAGAGUUUGGACAUCCCGAUGUCACCAUUGUGCUCACUUCGUUGUCCUAUUACUCCAGCGGUCUUACGGACGAGGAGCUCGAUACGACCUUCGACCAGCUCGAAAAGACGGACAGUCCUGCCUUGCGCUACGAGGGAUGGGUAAAGGGCUCGGCUCUAGCGCUUGGCCUGCGGUCACUCAGCGGAGUCAACCGCAAGGACACCAGGCAGCGAUCCACAGUCUACGCGGCCUUACGACGCACCAAACCGGUCAUCGACUUUUACCUCUCCGAGUGCGUCUUUCCCAAAGAGGCCCGUCAGUAUCCGCACAAGCUCACCACAAAUCCGUGGGAUCUUGCGCGCGAGAAGUCUCGUCCGACGACGGGCUUUAGUGGAACAAGGGACAACAGGUACACAUUGCCGACCUCCAUCGUACAGGAAGAUCUACCGCCUCAGCAGCAUACGGAUGCUCUGGUCCUCAACUACAUUCGUCGAUCCGAGAACCAGACGGUUAUCUGCAAGGAUUACGAUGCUGCCGGGAUCAUUGCGGAAGCCGUCAACAGCGAGCCCGUCGUCUCUGUCAUCUUGGAUGUGGGUGCCCAGGUCCUUGAGCUCAACAACGAGGAAAUGGCUGGGCAGUGGCUGGCGAGCGAAGCUAGAGCAGAUAUCGAGGCCGCGGUUUUCUUUGGUUCUGACGACGAGCUUUACGUGCGGACGAGGAAUGGACGUGUCGAACCGCUUCGUCGCUCCUUUUACCGAGAGCAGCUGGGGAAGACCUUGGUGUACCUCGAUGAAGCGCAUACGAGGGGUACCGACUUGAAGCUGCCAGACGGCGCACGCGCGCUGGUGACGCUAGGACCGAAGUUGACCAAGGAUAAACUCAUGCAAGGUUGCAUGCGCAUGCGGAAGCUUGGUCGGCCCGGCGGCCACUCCGUCCAGUUUCUUGCCUCGAGCGAGAUCCAGCGCUGCAUUCGAAAGGAUCUGCGUCAGGACAAGGAGCGCUUAGAUUCUACCGACGUGCUCGUCUGGACGAUAUGCGAGACGAUUCGACAGACGGUCGAAAACGGCACUCUUUGGGCCGCACAGGGUCUCGACUUUGACGCACGUCGCGAAGCUUGGGAGAAGUUCACCUGUGGCGCCAUCGACGAGGACGAACUUAUCUCGGUGCUACGUCAGCGUGAAGCGUACUCGCUCGAGGAGCUAUACGGUCCCGACAACGACAGCAUGGACGUUGACGAGGAUUCGACGGACGAUGCCCCCGGCUCGCUGCGUCCUAAAAUUCGUCGGCGCUGCGCAGAGCUAGGCUUCUCUCUGCAGCAUAGCGGGCGCCUACUGGAGGAGCAGGAACGAGAGCUCGCCCAUGAGAAGGAAACGGAGCGUGAGGUUCAACGGGCGCCAUUUGCAGAGGCGAAGCCGCACAAGAUCGACUCAAAACUCAGAUCCAUGAUCGGCAAAUCGACGUUCGAUCUGUCCGGCUACCACACCUUACUGGACUGCUUGGAGUACACGUCCGUCCACGAGGCACUCUCAGGAGUGUCCAAAGACUUUUUCCAGAGUACGGAGAUCGUCGCAACGCGGGACUUCAUGGAGACAGUGGAACUAUCGCGCGGGGCGUCGAACCAGAAGGACGCCUUCUUGCGUUCCGUGCAGUGGAUCGUGUCGACGCAACGGUCGCCCGGCGCGCUCCUGCUCAUAAGCCCGUCGGAAGCCAACGCGAUCAUCGAUGUCGUCCGCCAGUCUAAGCACGUUCGCCUGCACCUAUACGCACCCCAGCUCUCGCGCAACUUGCAUGUGUUUAGCGAGUUGACAUUCCUCGCGACGCCUUCGUCGACAGCGGCUACUUACGAGACGCCCGCGAGCGCUGUUAUGCGCGAGCUCGACCUCUUUUCCGGGAGCCUGUUCCUCCAGGACGCGCGCUCGUACAACGAGGUUUGCGCCCUUCUUGGCCUGUACCUCGACGAGAUCCCCCAGCAGCUGAAGGGGCAGAUCGCCGUUGAUGGGUUCGUGCCGAAACAAAGUGUGCGGGCGAAGCUGGGAAUCGAGGAGUGCCUUUUCCAGAAAAGCCCGAGUGCAGUUCUCAAGACGCUUGUGGACCUACGGCGCAAGGGGCUGGGCUUCAUGCUCACCCACGUCGGACAGAUCCUCCACGGCAUGGCAGUCGGGAGCGAUGACUUUUGAGCUAUAGGGGUGAUAUCUCGAUAACCGUCGACCGGCUUGCGCCUUUCGCGGGAGCUCGUGUGUGGGAGGCUGAACAGGCGAGCGGACACAGCAUUUCGGUACAUAACAAAGUAGACAUGCAUCUGGUCAUUGUAUGGUUUCGAGCGAGUGCUGUUAUGAAAGAAAUGGGAGCUCAGGGCGCAGUGUAAACCAAUGCUAAAGUUUCCAGCCGCUAUGACCAUCAGAUAGAAUCAUCAGGCAG